UCAUUUCAUUCACUCAUUUCAUUCAUCGCAUCUAAGUUUAUUUUAUGGAUUCGUGUAUUGUUUUUACCAAAUAUUUUAAUUUAUUUUAGGACGGCAGAUCUAUCACAUAUAUUGCAAUUUUAUCAAGAAAUGACCGCUGAAAACGAGCGUGAAAUUUAUCACAAGUUAGAAGCAAUGAAAGAAAUCAGAAACAAAACAAUAACACUGGAGCGUUUGAAGCGGAGUAUCCUGAAUGAGGUCCGCAGUGGUGACCAGGAGGGGCGGUGCCUCGCUCAGUACAAGCGAGAGAUGGAGCUGCUGCAGCAGGAGAAAAUGAGCCAUGUGGAGGAACUUCGCCAGAUUCAUGCUGAUAUCAAUGCUAUGGAGACCGUGAUAAAGCAGACAGAGGAGAGCAUGACGCGUAAGCUGUCGAACGCGUCGCGGCUGCACGAAGACUACCGGCCGCUGAAGGCGGAGGUGGACCUGUUGCGGCGCCAGUGCCUCGGCCUCGACCGCCUGCCCGACCUGCACGAGGAGGAGGGCAGCCCCAUCACACCCGACCGCUUCCCGUCGCAGCCGGGCGGCGGGCGCGGCGCGGGCGGCGGGUGCGGCGCGGGCGGCGGUGCAGGCGGUGGAGGGGCAGGGGGAGGGGGAGGGGGACCGGUCCUGGCGCCGGCGCCGCGCAAGCCGCCGCCGCCGCCGCCCGCGUUCAGGUCUGCACUCGAACAAGAUUUCAUUACCGUCUCGCUGAGACAGCAGCCGCCGCCGAUGAAGUCGUGCCUGUCGUGCCACCAGCAGAUCCACCGCAACGCGCCCAUCUGCCCGCUGUGCAAGGCCAAGAGCCGCUCCAGGAACCCCAAGAAGCCCAAGAAGAAAUAGUCGCCGCGCCCUCCUCCAUUUUAGUCUGGACAUUGUUUUGUUUGGUUAUCAAUUGUCUGCUGGGCGCUGCCGUGUCCGGUGCAGGAGCUGCAGUGGCCACGGCAGCGCGAGCUCGGUGGACGUCGACAGACAGAAUUUUGAUUGUUACCUUACAGUUGAAAGCUUUCUAGUCCCGGGACUGGAUGUAGUGAAGCAAAUAAUGUCCUGAGUAUAGAAAACAUACAACAUGAUUACAUGAAGCCCAGUUGUUCGAGUCGGGUGAGUGUCAUCUGUUUACCAGUUGACACUACUGUAACUCGAUGCUCAGUGUUUUUUACAAAUGUUUUUCCAUUAGUUUUGUUCAACAUUUACAAUGAGAAUGUUUUACUGUAUUUACAUGUACGAGUAUGUAUGUCGCAGUGAGACAGAGCCGUGAGUUUGUACCGUAACGCAGUUGUACGAAGCCGUUACAUAUAUUCAUCAUGGAGGCUAUAUAUAAAAUGUAACCUGCCUUUCUGUAUUUGUUUGUUUUGUAGCUUUCAUCCCUCCACUACAUUAGUUUACUAUUAUAAUUAUAUUACUAUUGUAUUAUCGUACCCUAAGUAAGACUGUAAUUUCUUACAUUCAUAAAGAAGAGGUUCAUUACCAUCUUACUAUGGAUAUUACCGUAUAUAUAUCUAGCUUUGGCAUAUUUUAAAUUGUUGAGGAAGGGGAGGAGAGGGCCCUCAAAAAUGCGGAUGGAUCCACAGAGGUUCCACCAGAGGAUAUUUCCCCCCUCCCGCCUCCCGCCUCUCUCUAAAUAGGCCUCUGAUAUUUUAACUAUCUCAUUGCGGCAUAUAUAGUGGAGUCGAAGAUGUUAUUGAAAAGUUCACUACAUCAGUUAUAUUGUAGAUUUUGUACAUAGCGUAGGUUAAGAAUGUACUUGUAAGUUAUGUUAUAAAGUGUGUGGACUCAAACCUCUACCAGCAUUGAGUGAGCACGGCCGUGGCGCCGUCGCGUGCCAAACUAGAGGGAACACUGGAUCGUCGACAAGUGGUGUGCUUGUCCGGUUAGAGGCCCAUCGUACCAUCCAGUUUGCAGGCCGUUUUGUCAUAACUCCCGUCCUGUUGAACUAGUCAAAUCUGACAUAUGACAUUGUGGUGUCAUUGAUGUAUGCUUGAUGUGAAUGCUUAAUUUAUAACUCUUGUUUCAGUAGCAAGUCUGAAUAGAUGUCCAGUUUGGACUUCUAUUUAUCCACCAUAAAAAUAAUUACUAAAAAAUGCUUAAAAUUAUGUUAAUUCAUUUAAAAAUUAUUUCUACUUCUUAAUUUUGUCCAUCAAAUGAGAUUUCAUGUUUAGAAUAAUAGUCAAAUGACAAAACUGACAGUCAAACUGCCGUGUAUUGGGCACAGUGUUGCCAGAUUGGGUAUUUUUAUCAACAUUUUGGGUAAAUAUUAUUCUGUAGACAAAAUUGUAAAAAAAUUUUUGGAGAACAGUGAUACGGGCUUGAAGAAAUUUGCUAAAUCAUUUGGCAGGUUUACUAUCUGUAAAUUGAUAGCGGUAUUUUAAAUAUGUGAAUGAAGGUAGCAAAACAGAAGAUGUGAUAAGAGAAGAAAGCUAAAAGUAGAAACAUACAGAAGCGCCAGUUUUUUUCGCCGUUUAUACUGAAUUUAAAGUCGCUUUUUUAUUAUUUAAGAGUUUCCUCUUGUCGGGGCAACUAUUUAAUGUAUUCUCUUCCAGCCAGCUCUAAGAAAGAUAAGGUUUAAAAUAGAGCUGACUGGAAGAGUUUCAUGGUAUAUUGUAGUGAAAAUACAAGUUGAAGAUUGAGUAAAAAUAAAAGUGGGAUCUGGCAACCCCGAUUUGGAGCGAUAGGUGUGGCGCGCUGCCGACGGCGUGCUGGCACAUGAGCACCAGUGUUAUGAAUAUUUUGGAACAAUUUUCUUACUUAGAACUACGAGUAUCCCGUGCGGUGUUCGCGUCGAACCACUACGUAUGGAUAUUAAAAUAAGUGUGUUAAACUAAUUUAGUGAUGUAUGUAGCAAAUAGCUAACUGUCCAUAAUGUGCAUUGUAAAUAAUGUGUGUUUAAUAUAGCCCGCGGAUAAUUUUACAACGUCUCCACAGAAAUUUGUAUGUAUAACGUGACUUUGGCGAGGAUCGGUGAAUCAUGUACCAAAUAAUCUCAUUGCAAAUGUUUGCACGCCGUUCGUAUAGGGACAUUUGCGUAUAUUCGUAAUGGCUGUGGAGUUCUAAAACCACGUUUAUGGAGAAGCGAUCGCCUCGCAACCUUUCAUGCGUAAGGGUCCCGGUUGACUCAAAACCAAUUUCAUAUUUUAAUUUCUUAUUUGGGAGGCAAAUGGGCUGAGAAUUCACCUGGUGGGAACUAACUACCGUCAUCCGUGUGGCACGGAUACUAGCCGUGCGUCUUAAGUUGCAAGCCACAUCUAGUGAAAAUGGAAGUGGCACUCGACUUUAUAACGUAGAACACGUAUUCCUUUUCAAGAUUAUGUGAAAAAUCUAUGUAAAGUCGAACUUCAAAUUAAAGUGCCAACAAUCUACAAACUGGCUGUAAAUCAAUAUAAAUAAUAAAAAAAUCACGAGACGAGAGGAAAUGACUAGCCUACCAGUAGACUGGGUAGCCUACCAGAUUUCUCAAUAGAGACUGGGACCAGCCUCUAUUGAGUUGUAAUUCAAAUCGUCUCGAGCGAAAAGCACAUUUAUGUGGAGGUGCUGCAGCCAGUUUAUGUUCCUGUUAAUCAUUUUAUGUACUGCCACUGAGUCAGCAGUGUGGUCAUUUGUGGCAGAUUGUCUUUGGCAGAUCAUGCUGAUUUAUAAAAGUGGCAUAUUUAAAAGAUUCCAAGAAAAUUCAUAUUAUCUAAUUGGAAUUUUCAAUAAAGACAUCUUUUUUAAAAGUAAAAAUGUCAGGAAUCUGCCACAAAUGGUCAGUGUGAGUCAGCGACAUCCGCUCCCUGAUUACGUAUCUUGCAAACAGUUGGCGAUAGUUAAUAAUUGUUCGACAUUUCCUGUCCAUAUUCAUUUCUUGACAUGUUUUGUAAAAUCAGAAAGCCAUUAACGAGCGAACAGCAGAAAAAGCUGGUAUAUUUGUAAAGCGAUUUAAGAACUAAAAUUACCAAUUACUUACAUAUAGUAUAAUACCACUGGAUCUUUAUAGCGUUGUUACUACAGUAAGAUGCAUUUAAUAUAAUUAUUUUUGGCAAUUGGCACGAAUGGCAUCGAUCGCAAAGUGACCACCCAUUGUUUGUUCAAUACGUAAUCAUCCUGCGGUACGCUAUACUCACCCGUGGCGUGGUGUGGUGUGAGGUUGCGAGGCGCGAGGCGCGAGAGAACACUAGUGAGUGUACAUAGUCACCACGUACUACGAACGUAUGUUUGUAUUGUGCAAAUAGUUUUGUUUUUACAUUAUAAACACUCAUAUGUC